AUGCAUUCUUCGGCUCUUCUCCGCCUCGUCGUCGGCAGCUCGGCCCUCAUUGUUGGUGUCCAGGCCCAGCAGUCGUCUGAGCUGCCCAUCCCCUCGAGCGUGGCGCCCUCGAGCGUUGCGCCCUCGAGCGUUGCGCCCUCGAGCGUUGCGCCUUCGAGUGCUGCGCCUUCGAGCGCCGCCCCCUCGAGCGCCGCUCCUUCGUCGGAGCCCGCGUCCUCGGAGCCCGCCUCGUCCUCUCUCGCGGCUUCUGCCACCGCCACCGUCACUGACACCGUCACUGACACUGUCUACCCCACGCCUACCAGCUUCCACUCCCACCUACCACCGUAUGUGCACCUUUGGGAGCUCUCCGCCCCUGUUCCGCCCAGAUUGCGUGAUUUUAACGUGAAAGCAGCCGGCCCCAAGCCCACCCUGACCCAUCACUACACCAUCGACAAGUGUCAGAAGUACCACGGCAAGGACUGCUACCCCGGCCAGGUGUACACCAAGCACUACGAGGCCAAGCCCUGGUACUACGAGGAGUGCACGACCUACGUCAGCUACGUGCACGGCGUCGCCACGACCUGCACCGACACGUACACGCGCACGAGCUGGUACGACCAGGAGAAGACGACGAUCAAGCAGUACGAGCACAAGCAGACGUACUACGAGACGCACGGCGCCGCCACCCCCGAGCCCGUCCCCGUCAACCCCCCCGUCAACCCCCCCGUCACCGUCAUCCCCCACCCCGAGCCCGGCAAGACCGUCACCGGCGACGUGCCCGUCAACCCCCCCGUCACCGUCAUCCCCCACCCCGAGCCCGAGCACACCGUCACCGCCAACAAGCCCGUCCAGCCCCCCGUCACCGUUGUCCCCGUCCCCGUCCCCAGCCCCGAGACCUCGCAGGUCAUUGUCAGCGGCCAGCCCUCGCUCCGCGACGCCGGCUUCCUGCCCCUGCUCAUCGCUCUCGGCCUCAUUUUAAAAGCUCUCCUCCUCAUGUAA